AUGCUCGAAGGGUAUGCAGAUAACAGAGAUGGUGAGUCGCUUCACCAACUCUUCGAUAGAAUGCCUUCUCGACAUUUAGUGUCAUGGAAUACAAUGAUUGCUUUUCAUGUUCAAGUGGGUGAGUUCAGGCAGGCAAUCGAGGUCUUCCAGAGAAUGCAAGAAAAGGGUAUUCAGCCGAACCCAGUGACACUUAUUAGUGUUUUAUCUGCAUUUGCCUGUCUGGGUGCACUUGCUCAAGAAAGGUGGAUUCAUGCCUACAUAGACAAGCAUGGAAUUGAGCUUGACGAGAACCUCGGGUCAUCACUUAUUAACAUGUACGCCAAGUGUGGGUGCUUAGAAGGUGCAAUUCAAGCAUUCUAG